AUGGCAGCCAUCCGACUCUCCUUCAAGAGCUUGGACAAGGAUCCCUUCCGAGCGCUGUAUACAUCCUCUGUGAGAGCUUCACUUGCUGAGACACUGGGGACCCCCUCACUUACACACACCUACCCGUCAGUAGACGUCCAGUGGAUCACCUCCACCCCAGCAGUGAAUCACCACACUAACAGUGGAUCACCUCCACCCCAGCAGUGGAUCACCUCCACCCCAGCAGUGGAUCACCUCCAUCCCAGCAGUGGAUCACCUCCACCCCAGCAGUGGAUCACCUCCACCCCAGCAGUGAAUCACCUCCACCCCAGCAGUGGAUCACCUCCAUCCCAGCAGUGGAUCACCUCCACCCCAGCAGUGGAUCACCUCCACCCCAGCAGUGGAUCACCUCCACCCCAGCAGUGGGUCACCACACUAACAGUGGAUCACCACACUAACAGUGGAUCACCUCCACCCCAGCAGUGGAUCACCUCCACCCCAGCAGUGGAUCACCUCCACCCCAGCAGUGGAUCACCUCCACCCCAGCAGUGGAUCACCUCCACCCCAGCAGUGGAUCACCUCCACCCCAGCAGUGGAUCACCUCCAUCCCAGCAGUGGAUCACCUCCACCCCAGCAGUGGAUCACCUCCACCCCAGCAGUGGAUCACCUCCACCCCAGCAGUGGGUCACCACACUAACAGUGGAUCACCUCCACCCCAGCAGUGGAUCACCUCCACCCCAGCAGUGGAUCACCUCCACCCCAGCAGUGGAUCACCUCCAUCCCAGCAGUGGAUCACCACCUUCCCAGCAGUGGAUCACCUCCACCCCAGCAGUGGAUCACCUCCACCCCAGCAGUGGAUCACCUCCUUCCCAGCAGUGGAUCACCUCCACCCCAGCAGUGGAUCACCACACUAACAGUGGAUCACUUCCACCCCAGCAGUGGAUCACCACACUAACAGUGGAUCACCUCCACCCCAGCAGUGGAUCACCUCCAUCCCAGCAGUGGAUCACCUCCACCCCAGCAGUGGAUCACCACACAAACAGUGGAUCACCUCCACCCCAGCAGUGGAUCACCACACUAACAGUGGAUCACCUCCACCCCAGCAGUGGAUCAUCACACUAUUAG